AUGCUGUUUGAGGCUGGGACUUGGGUCCACACCGGGGAGUGGCCCUUCACCUGCUCCGUCUGCGGAAAGGGCUUCCCUCACUCGUCCGCCCUGCUGUCCCACCAGCGGGUCCACACUGGGGAGAGGCCGUUCAGCUGCUCUGUCUGCGGCAAGGGCUUCACCCAGUCGUCCAGCCUGCUGACCCACCAGCAGGUCCACACCGGCGAGGGGGCCUUCACCUGCUCGGUGUGCGGCAAGGGCUUCCCUCACUCGUCCACCCUGCUGCGGCACCAGCAGAUCCACACCGGGGAGCGGCCCUUCACCUGCUCCGUCUGCGGCAAGGGCUUCCCCCACUCCUCCGGCCUCCAGAUCCACCAGCGGGUCCACACCGGGGAGCGGCCCUUCACCUGCUCGGUGUGCGGCAAGGGCUUCACCCGGUCGUCCAACCUGCUGACCCACCAGCAGGUCCACACCGGGGAGCGGCCCUUCACCUGCUCGGUCUGCGGCAAGGGCUUCACCCGCUCGUCCCGCCUGUUCUCACACCAGCGAGUCCACACCGGGGAGAGGCCGUUCACCUGCCCCGAGUGCGGCAAGGGCUUCACCUGCUCCUCCAACCUGCUGUCGCACCGGCGGCUUCACAGCGGCGAGCGCUCGACGUCGCGGACAUGGGCAGCGUUCCCGAGCCCCGCUCCGGAACGGGCUGUUCCGUCCUCUUCCAGCCCCCGGGAGGGGAACGGGCAGCUUGAGUGCAUUGGGAGAGUGGGCCGUUCACCGGGAGGGUGCCAACGGGACGGGAGAGCGGUACAGAAAGCUAUUAAAACCCACAACAUCCACGAGCAAGAUGCUGAGGGUGCACAAUUCAGCCAAGAGGUUUGUUACUUCUGGGAACUAAAGGAUCCCAAGAGUAAGGCUACCGUUGGCACGGUCAAGACAGAAAUUGACCAAACUACAGUGGCUAAACCUAAACCCAGGAUUCAAAGUAGACCUUUCCGUCUGCAAGGUCAGUCAAGCGAACAAAUGAAACCCUCAUACUAUCGUCCAGUGGCUGGCGAGGGGAGCAGGGAACACAUUCGCCCCGCCCCCAUUGCCUCCGAUUGGUUGGAUGCCUCGUCUAACCGCGCCCACUCCACGCGGAGUGACGUCACGGUCUGGUCACCCAGCCCCUUGUGUUGGCGCAUGUGCAGUAAACAUUUUGGUUCCUGUUUCAGACCAUUUUCAGCAUCAGCGGGACUGAAUGAGAGUCUCUACUGUUACAGCACACUGUGUGUAAAGCCUGAAACAGUUAUACGGCCAGGAAAGAGGAAUUUACUGUGGGCAGGGGCCAUACAUGGGGAUGUAGCUGCGGCCAUGGUGAAACCAGAGGAAUCCCACACUGUGGAGAAACCGUGGAAGUGUUGCGACUGCGGGAGAGGCUUCCAUGCCCCAUCUGUCCUGGAGAUUCAUCGGCGAAGUCACACCGGGGAGAGGCCAUUCUCCUGCCCCGAGUGCGGGAAAGGCUUUACCUGCUCCUCCCGCCUGCUGGACCACCGCCGAGUACACACUGGGGUGAAGCCAUUCUCCUGCCCUGAGUGUGGGAAGGGCUUCACCUACUCCUCCCACCUGGUGGCCCACCAGCGCGUCCACGCUGGGGAAAGGCCCUUCCCCUGCUCUGAGUGUGGGAAGGCCUUCAGCAUAUCCUCGGACCUGCUGAAGCACCAACGGGUCCACAGAGGGGAGAGGCCAUUCAGCUGCCCUGAGUGCGGGAAGGCCUUCAGUGAUUCCUCUACCCUGCUGAGGCACCAGUGGGUCCACAUCGGGAAAAGGCCGUUCUCGUGCCCUGAGUGCAGGAAGGGCUUCACCCGCUCUUCCGCUCUGCUGACCCAUCUGCGAGUCCACACGGGUGAGAAGCCCUUUACCUGCCCCGAGUGCAGGAGGGCCUUCAGCAGGUCUUCCCACCUGCUGAGGCACCAGCGAGUCCACACUGGGGAGAGGCCGUACUCCUGCCUUCAGUGCGGAAAGUGCUUUACCCAGCCCUCCAACCUGCUGACCCACCAGCGGAUCCACACCCGCGAGAGACCGUUCUCCUGCCCCGAGUGCGGGAAGGGUUUUGCUGUUUCCUCUAACCUCGUGGCCCACCGGCGGGUCCACACGGGGGAGAGGCCAUUCAGUUGUCCCGAGUGCGGGAAGGCCUUCAGCAAUUCCUCUGCCCUGCUUAGGCACCAGCGUGUCCACACCGGAGAGAAGCCGUUCUCCUGCCCAGAGUGCGGGAAGGGCUUUACCCGCUCCUCCACACUACUGACCCACCAGCGGGUCCACACAGGGGAGAGGCCAUUCAGCUGCCCCGAGUGCAGGAAGGCCUUCAGCGAUUCCUCUGCUCUGCUGAAGCACCAGCGAGUCCACACCGGGGAGAGGCCCUUCAGCUGCCCUGAGUGCGGGAAGAGGUUUACGUUUUCCCGCAAUUUGCGGAAGCACCAACAGGGGCACCAGCGCUCACAACAGUCAGAUUCCACAGCUAACACUGCUGUGAGUUCCCCCCAGGACUGAUUCUCCUGACAGUGGGUGCAGUGGGAGAGUUGGUGCACUGUAUUUGUUUUCCGUUGGACUGCAACCCCACGGUGGCUCAGGGGUGGCAUGGUGACUCAGUGAUUAGCACUGCUGCCUCAUGGCACCAGGAACCAAGGAUCAAUUCCACCCUUGGGGCAACUGUCUGUGUGGAGUUUGUGGAGGGUAGGAGAAUGGAUGAGAUAAGAAACCGCUGCCUUUCUUGAGACAAGUCUCCCGGAGAGAACUUGCUGACUGAUUGUCUGAUCUACUGAUCCUCACAGUGCCCCAUUGCCCUCAGUUAACUGGAGGAGGUCCACACAGAUGUACCGAAGCCCCUCUUUGGACUGUGGAAGGAAACCUGUGCAGACAGGGAAAACAUGCAAACUCCACACAGACAGUUACCUGAGGCUGGAAUUGAACUUGGGUCCCUUAUGCUGUGAGGUAGCAAUGCAUAGCAGUGUGCUAUCCCAAUAUGUUAUAAAAUUUGAAUAAACCUACUAAGUUGGAAA